AUGGGUCGCAAGAUUCUUCUCAUCAAUGGCCCGAAUCUGAACCUCCUGGGCACUCGUGAGCCGCAUAUCUACGGUAAUACCACACUUCAAGACGUGGUAGACGCUGCCCAAAAACAAGCUGUCGACCUCGAUGUCAGUCUCGAUGCCUUCCAAUCGAAUUGGGAAGGCGCCAUCAUCGACCGGAUCCAGCAAGCCCGCACAGAAGGCGUCGAUGCCAUCAUCAUCAACCCUGGAGCCUUCACCCACACAAGCGUCGCCAUACGAGAUGCUCUUCUAGGAGUGGCGAUCCCCUUCGUGGAACUGCACGUUUCUAAUGUGCAUGCUCGUGAGACCUUCCGGCAUCAUAGCUACUUCCAGGACAAAGCGGUGGCCGUGGUCUGCGGGAUGGGGGUAUACGGAUACACGGCUGCAUUGGAAUUUGCGGCGAAGUACAUGAAGAUCAGUUGA